AUGUAUUUGUCUUUCUAUCUCUCUAAUUAUAUUUUUAUCUAUCUAUCUAUCUAUCUAUCUAUCUAUCUAUCUAUCUAUCUAUCUAUCUAUCUUUCUCAUUCCGUUCAUCUAUCUAUUCAUCUAUCUAUCUAUCUAUCUAUCUAUCUAUCUAUCUAUCUAUCUAUCUAUCUAUCUCAUUCCGUUCAUCUAUUUAUCUAUCUAUCUUUCUAUCUAUCUAUUUCUCUAUCUAUCUAUAUAUCUAAUUCCGUUCAUCUAUCUAUCUAUCUAUCUAUCUAUCUAUCUAUCUAUCUAUCUCAUUUUUCCUCCAUUCUUUCGUUCAACUUUAUUUCUCCUCCUCCUCCUCUUUCACUUUUCAACUCUUCUUUAUUUACUCUGUUUUUUUUCUUUUCCUUAUUUAUUCCAUUAUUCCGUACUUCCUUUUCUUCGCAAUUCGUUUUUACUUGCAUUAACUUUUCUUUCUAUCUUUAUCAACUUCUUCAUACCGCUUCGCAAAUCUCUUUAUCCCUUCCUGCCCAUCUAUUAUCUCCCACCGUUCGGCAAAACCUUCCAUUCGUUACUUCACUUUCUUUUUUUUUUCUCUCUAAGACCGCUGCCAACGAAUUCGGUUUCAGUGUUAUCCUCCCCACGAUUCUAAGACUUCUGCCUUUCUUCUUCCUUUUCUAUAAAGAAGCCCAGCCAAUACAACUGCACCUUCUCACCCCGUAA